GCGCGCUUAGCCCAAAGGGGAAGUCUUCCAACCUCUCGCGCGCAAAGUGUCCUGCAAACACCGCGGAGCAUUCUGAGGCCCGAAGCAUUGCGACGAUUCCCCAAGCCUCAUCCUCCACCAUGCCGCCUUUCAAAGACGAGCACAUUUUGAUAAUUGCGCCAGGCUCGCAAGUGACCCUGGCGCAACUGGGUCUCCCCGAGUCAUUCACACCCGCUCGCUUUCGAUUUCCCACGCGGAUGUUCCCUGCCGAAAAGAAAGGCGAAUAUGAACCAUAUAAGAUCCGCGAGCGACGACAGGAGGUGAAACCUAGCAAUGGGACGGACGCGCCCAAGGAAGAUGUCGAGAUGAAAGAUGCGGAACCCACCGCUCCCGGUAACAACGAGGAGGCCUCCAAGCCCGAGGACGGCCAGCAAGAGGGCAAAGCAGAGUCCGCCGAGGGCCAGGAAACGAAUGGAGAGCCGAAACAGGAGGUCCAGGAGAUCUUCUACGAGGAGGAUGCUACAUCAGAUGAGGGGGCUACCUUCCCGAUCGAAAAUGGGCGCAUUAUCGACUGGCCGUGUUUCUUUGCUCUUCUUACGCAUGUUUAUAAUACACUGAGUCCCCCGUUUCAUACACCGAUCAUGCUGAUCUCCCAACCGGCCUGGUCAGCGCGCGACCGAGAGGCGAUUACGCAGUUUGUGUUCGAGAAGUUCAAGACGCCCGCUUUUUGUAUGAUGGACUCUGCCCUUGCUGUCUGCUACGGAUACGGUACUUCGACUGCGACCGUUGUCGAUGUCGGUAAGGGUAAGGUGGAUGUUACUGCUGUCACCGAUUUCCUCGUUAACGAGCAUGGACGAGGAAUUGCCCUGGAAGGGUGCGGUGGUGACUACAUGACGGACAGACUCCAGGAGCUGCUGAAGUCGAAGGGCUUUUCAAGAGAGAUGUGUGAACAGUUGAAGAGGAGUAAUAUUACUGAGAUCCUGCCCGCUGGCACUCCUCUCCCGGGUACUGCCACCACCGCACGGCAGAAUACCAACCCUGCUGCUUCAGCUUCCACAGGAGGAGAAGAAGGCAAGGCUAAUGAUGCUGUUCCUCGGGGUCCCGGUGAGGGCACCCAGACAGGCCCAGAAGGUGCUAAUGGGGAAGACGAAGACGAGGGUGUGUUAGAUGUUGCGGCUAUUGUCAGUGGCAACACCAGCGAAUUCCUAGCCAACAGAGAAAAGGAAAAAGCGGAGAAGUCGGGUUCGAAAAAGGGCUCGACCGACCAAAGCGGGAAGCCCAUUCGUCUCCCCAACUCUAAGAAAGAGAAGGCCUCGUUCCAAUUCGAAGAGUACGUGCAAUUGGAGCCGGAAAAAGAUGCCGCCAACGCCCCUAGACGUUACAUCCGCCAGACACGGGAGAUUGAAGUCGGCAUUGAGCGUUUCCUCUCUGCCACUCAGAAGCAACACACUGGCGACCGCUUAACCAACAAUAUCCUGGAAGAUAUUGCAACACAAAUCCACCAUACUAUCCUGGCUGUGCCCGAUUCGAGCAAGCGAAGCGAGCUUUGGGAUUCGUUGGUGGUUGUUGGUAACGGUAGUAAGAUUAAGGGUUUCACGCAGGCUUUGCUUAACACCAUCACACAAAAGUUUGUCCUCUCGCCAUCUGCCACCAUCUUUACUUCCGAGCUUCCGUCCAAUUUCUCCACUCCCAUGCCGACGGGGGGAACUAACACUCCGGCACCUGGCCAGACUGGAACCAUGUACAAUACUCCUGGCCAUGGAGUGAACCCACUUCUUGUUGCUGCAACGCAUUCAAAUAAUCCCGUACCCCCAGGCACCCCAGGGAUGGACCCCAGUGUGGCUUCCCACUACCGCUCCACCGGUCAUUCUCAAACCCCAACCUCCGUCAAGACCCUGAAGCCUCCAGAGUACUUCCCGGAGUGGAAGGAGCAUAGCAACUCCAACGCUCCUGGCACUAGCGGGGCCUCAGGAAUGAGCAAUGGCCCUAAUGUCGGACCUGGAGGCCCAGGUGCCCCAAGUAGCGGCCAUGGCAUGGAGGAAGCGGUAUUCUUAGGAGCCCAGGUUGCUUCUAAGGUUAUCUUCGUUAAUGAUCAGGGUGUCAGUAAGGGAUUCAUGAGCCGUGUGGAGUACAACGAGAACGGCCCCUCCGCAAUCCAUGAAUAUGCUAUGUGAUCGUCUUUAAUAGAAAAUUAUAUGGAAUUUGACGCUUUGUCUUACGUCAAGUUGGGUUGAGUUCAACAUGAAAAUCUUUUUUCCUUUUUCCUUCUCUUUUCUUACUCAGGGGGUUAUUUAAUGCGUUGAAGCUUUGUUGAACAUGACACUUGGUCGUCUCACAUAUGGUUUUUGUAUUCUAAUACUGGCGUCCUUUAUUAGAAAAGCAACUCUGUCAGGAUGCGGUAGGAUUGGUGGAGUCUGGCUUGAAUUAUCUGGUACCUAUAGUACUCAAUGUAACAAAUUUUUACUUCUAA